UCACGCCGAGGAGACAUCUAUGGGGAUCAAGAGAACGCCUCGUGAGUCUUUGCCGAGUUGGCUCUCUGAGGUCAGGGAAGACGGAGACCCCAGCGCCCUGUUGAAGGAGCAGCUGCUGGGCCUCAAGGGUGAGUUGGAGCAGCUAGAGGGCAGGGUUAGUGCCCUCUCAGUGGCAGAUGCUGAUGCUGCACUCUCUGUUAAUUUCUCUAAAAUGAGGGAUAUAGAGAGCAUUUUGACAAAAGUUGCACAGAUUAGAAAUUGUUUUAAGACGCUCAAGGGCAGUGGCCAGAGUAGGUUUGGAUACCUAGAAGCACAGGAAGAGCAACUUUCAAAAGAUAUUAGGGCCCUGAGAGAGAGCCUAAGCGAAGAUCGCAACUAUUUAGAGGGCACGCAAAAUGCUGGAGUGCGGGCCACUAAUGCUCCUCUGAAAAGUAACUUGAUUCAGUGUGACAGACAAGGAGAAGAUCAUGCAAGCAUAGGUGUAAUAAGCAGUGCUCAGAAACCUAACUCAGUGCAGAGGAAAAUAGAUAAUGAAAUGCCGCUGGCCAUGCCGCAGUUUAAGCAUCAUUGGGAAGAACGUGAUCAUCAAGUCUUCAUCAAGGUUUAUCAUAAAUUCAAGGGGAAGCAGCGAAGAAGGGAAGAGUGGAUAAGAGUUCUAGCAUACAAGACAGAAUCAGAGAUUGAUGAUCAUCUUGUACUCUAUGAUAAUUACCUCCUAGAGAGAAACAAAAUGAGAGAGAAAUUAGGACAGUGGAAGCAGGAAAGAGAACUGAAAAGGAUAGAGGAGGAAGGGAAGAUUGCAGAGAAACAGAAGGAUAGAGAGAAGGAAUUGCAGGCAAAAAAUCAAGCAAAAGAAGAAAGGUUGAAAAGGGAAAGAGAGGAGAGAAACCAACGCCUUGCCCUCUGGAAGGCCUCACGGGGAAGGAGUGAUUUGAAGGGGGAAAGUGACAUGGGUCAAGAGGUGAAGGUUGAGAAGAGUAGUUUGGGAAAAGUGAAGCCUCAGUCUUAUACCCGAGAAGAAAGAAAAAUCAUAGCUAAGCAACUUCAAGAGUAUUGCCACCAGAAGGAACUAGCAAGAACAGUAGAAAACCAGAGGAAACAGGAAGAAAAGUUACUACAGAAAAAAUUAUAUAAUGCCAAUAGUAGGUUAAACUUUAGGAAGAAAGAUGAGGAAUAUAUCAAGUACCUGAAAGAGCAGAGAGAGAGACAGAAAAAGUUGGAAGAUGAUCACUGCAGAAAACUUGAACAAUUAAAAUUGGGCGUGCAGGUUAACAUAGAGAGGAGUAGAGAUCGACUUUUCCAGCUGACCCAGAGUAGGGUAGCGUAUACUUCCAGUCCAAGAGAAAGUGGCAAGUUUAAUACUAUGUGUGUCAAUAGUAUAUCUAAGCUUGGAACACCCACAUGGAGACAAGAUCUCUGAA